UGCUGCUGUGUCAGGAAGCUGUUGCAUAUCUUAUUUGGAGCUGUGCUAGCCUUACCUCAGUGCAGUGCUUAUCGAGGUUAUGGUGGCUGGUGCAACAUGGCCAAAGAUAAUGGUCAUUGGGACACAGCAUGAGCACACUGCAGUCUGCUGUCCCCUCAGGAAGCUAUUGGUCUUUUAGCACUCUUAGAUAUCUUCCAAGCUUUGGGGACCAAAUUCAAGGCCACAUUGAGAAUUGAAAAGGAGACUGCAAAAUGAUCAUCCGGUCCUGCUGGAGUCCUUGGAUGUUUUAUGACAACACCAGACAAGGAAGCCAUGCUGUGGCCGCAUACUGCUUGGUGAUGAACAUCCUGGCGAUUGUGUUCGUCAUCUACCAGAUGGCCGGCGGAGAGUCGUCCCAGUUCUACCUGCCGCUCUUCGAGAGCAACAACGGCGGAUAUAGUAACUCGACGUUGGGCUGGGGCCUCGGUCUUAUCCUGUACUUUGUGAUUUUCGCCUCGCUCACGCUGAUGAUGUCGUCGGGCGUAAAGCGCGAGCUGCGCUUCAUGCUGCUGCCGUGGAUCAUCUACAACUUCCUGUUCGUGCUGCUGAUGCUCGUGUUCGGUGGCUGGCUCGUCUACACGUACUACUCACUGCUGUACUCGGUGAUGGCGCUCGUCAUCCUGUACCUGUUCGCGGCGCUGCACUUUUACUGCCACCUGUGCGUCUACUCGCAGUACCAGCUCAUCAAGUUCAACCAGAUGCCCAUCAUCGAGGUGUACUACCCGCAGCUGUGAGCGCCGAGUGCGGUCAUGGUUUCGAGUGCUCAUCGGUGGCACGCGGCGCUAGCGCUGGGUGCCCGAGGCAGUGAUGGGUAUUACGGUCACCAGUUGGGACUCGGCCUGCCCUGCCGCCGUUGGGAGAGAUGUGGUAGCGGCUGGGUCUACUGCUUUUAGUGAUCGGUUGCUGAUGAGUGCUCUGGUCGUCGCUGCUACUUUCAGACGAUCGGGAUAGGUGUUGACUGUUGACCGAUCCACAGAACGUGUUCUGAGGAAACGGAGUUUUCUCUCCCUCAUGUAUCUACCUGCCCGUUCUGCGCAGUGUUGAGGCUUGUAUCGAGGCGGGCAACAGGCUCGCGCCUCCGUCCGUCCGUCCGUCCGUUUGUUGUCUCCAGCGCUGUGUAAAUACGUCCGUCCAUCGGCUUUCUGCCGAACAUCCAUUUUGUCUGAAUCUCCCCGGCAGUCAGCGUUAUCGAGACUGUUUGUAACAUUCCAACUUGUCGGGUUGCUUCUGAUAGCCGAGGUAUUACUGCUGGUAUGUAAUUGAUGUCACCAAAUGUGUCGACUCUGGAAGCGUGCUGGGACGUAGCUAGCUGUUUGUGUAAUCCAUUCGCAACUCGCAUGCUUGCGAGUUCAUCUGGAGUGCUGGUGGCUGCUGAUUUAGUCCGUCCAAUGCACCCGCAGUGAAUCAAUAAUUGAUGUGCGUUGUUUUUUAAUUAAGCUCGUACGUUGCACACCCCGUUCGUAGUUCUGUUUUAGAUUUGCACGCUGAGCUUUUUGGCUAAAUAUCGCUUACCAUUCCCCGUGAAAUACGCUGGGAUUGCUAGAGAAUCUCAUCGCUUAUCAUAUUUCAUCGUAGUUUUCUACGCAGUACGCGUAUUUUUGGAAUAUACUGCCUAUUAUACAA